GGGAGUCCCGGUGCGCUCCUGCGGACAGCAGGUGUUGCUUUGGCCGUGGCGCGGGGCGUCCAGGCGCGCGGCGUGGGGAGGGAGCGGGACAGGGCGUGGGCGUCGGGAGCGCCGGGCGGAGCCUUGAAGAGUGGCCGGGCGGGCGGCGGCCCAGACGCGCCCAGGGACCAUGCCCGGCAACGGCAGCGCGCUGCCCAACGCCUCGCGGCCCGGGCCCGGCGGGGACGCAGCGCGGCCGCAGCCCUCGUGGCUGGCGUCCGCGCUGGCCUGCGUCCUCAUCUUCACCAUCGUGGUGGACGUCCUGGGCAACCUCCUGGUCAUCCUGUCUGUGUAUCGGAACAAGAAGCUCCGGAACGCAGGAAACAUCUUCGUGGUGAGCUUAGCGGUGGCAGACCUGGUGGUGGCUGUUUAUCCGUACCCGUUGGUGCUGACCUCGAUAUUUAACAAUGGGUGGAACCUGGGGCACCUGCACUGCCAAGUCAGUGGGUUCCUGAUGGGCCUGAGCGUCAUCGGCUCCAUCUUCAACAUCACCGGCAUUGCCAUCAACCGCUACUGCUACAUCUGCCACAGCCUCCGCUACGACAGACUGUACAGCAGCAAGAACUCGCUCUGCUACGUGCUCCUCAUCUGGCUCCUGACGCUCGUGGCCGUCCUGCCCAACCUCCGCGCGGGGACCCUCCAGUACGACCCCAGGAUCUACUCCUGCACCUUCGCGCAGCCCGUCAGCUCUGCCUACACCGUCGCCCUGGUGGUUUUCCACUUCCUCGUCCCCAUGGUCAUUGUCACCUUCUGCUACCUGAGAAUAUGGAUCCUGGUUCUCCAGGUCCGACGCAGGGUGAAGCCUGACCACAAGCCCAGGCUGAAACCGCAGGACUUGAGGAACUUCAUCACCAUGUUCGUGGUGUUCGUGCUCUUUGCCGUUUGCUGGGCUCCUCUGAACUUCAUUGGUCUGGCCGUGGCCUCCGACCCGGCCAGCAUGGUGCCCAGGAUCCCAGAGUGGCUGUUUGUGGCCAGUUACUACAUGGCAUAUUUCAACAGCUGCCUCAAUGCCAUUAUUUACGGGCUGCUGAACCAAAACUUCAGGGAGGAAUACAGGAGAAUCAUCGUCUCGCUCUGUACAGCCAAGAUGUUCUUUGUGGAUAGCUCCAACGAUGUGGCAGAUAGGGUUAAAUGCAAACCGUCUCCACUGAUGACCCACAAGAAUCUGGUAAAGGUGGACUCCGUUUGAGAAAGCACCCCCUUCCUGGCCAGACGCA